GGACGUGCGUUUCGUGAGAAUGGCGAUAGAUGUCGCCAAAAGGUGUUGGGUUCCAGUAUUGGCCUUGGUGCUAAACCUGUCGUGCCUACAAGCAGGCGAUCGCUGGUCCCGUCAGCUGACAGAGUAUGGCAACGUCCAAGGCAAUGACUGGAUUCCACUGUCGCGACCGGGAGAUCGACAAGCCGGAGCCAAGGUACUGAACUACUUCGACAACACCGGCUUCCUCGGCAACGACAACAGUGCCCAACCGCAGCAUCAUCAGUUCUCAUUCGUUAACCAACCGUUCGGGGCUCAUUCUAGCCGAGUGGUGUUCCCUCCACCACCUGCUGCGCAACCUCUUCAGCAGGAACUAGAACCUGCCUACAACCAAGCCUUUGGAAGUCAUCAAUCGUUUAUACAUCAUUCGCCUUUCGGUGGAGUACAAACCGUCCAGAGACAUCCACUGCCACCGUAUAGUCCCCAGAUACCGAAGGAGAAUCUAGUCCAAGACAAGCCAUCGCAUGUAGAGCAUCAAUUCCAGUUCCCACACCAUACUCAGACGCAACCGCAGACUACGCACCUUCGUCACCCGACGACUACUCUUCAGGGUCAACCUACCGGUGGAGUCUCCCAGGAGGAAGUUCAGCUGCUCUACGUCCCCGUGGAAACUCUCUACAAUCAGAAACAGGCUGCGGAGAGCAAUCGCUUCAGCUCGCUGCCUCAACCCGUCAGUGCUUCGCUCAUCAAUGACUUCUACACGGCAGCAACGACUACGCCAAAGCCACGAACUACCAAUACCCCGUUCACCACCAAAGCCGCACCGACGGCUGCGCUACCAAGCAAACCGAAGCCAAACCAACCCCCGCUAGCCAUGUUCAUGUACAACGACGACAAACAUGCUAAACUAACCGUCACCGAUGCCUUGUCCAAUCUGAAAAACACCUAUACCAUUUCCGUACUGGACAGUCUGAGCAAGAACCUACCCAAGGUAUUCAUCGGACCUUCUGGUCUCGCACCUCCGAAAGGAUACUCCAAAUUUGAGCUGCCAUAUCUCUCCAGCAUCGAUCAGAACCGUCUCUCUACCAAAUCUGGCGAUCUUCCCUUCUUUGUUGCUCCACAAAGCUACAAGACCCCCGGUGGAUUCUCCAAGAUUCCUCUACCUGCUCCACACGUCGGAUCCGUCAUUGUUCAGCAACCAUUGGCCAGUACUCAGACUAACUACUUCCGGCAACCGGAGAAUAUCGAGUACUACCAACCAUCUACACUCAAGUUCAACGAAGUGACCACGAAGACACCCAUCACCCUGCCAUCUAGCAAACCUCAGUACGAAUCGGAUCACUAUACUUCCCCAACCUCGAAACCCACCACCGACCGAAGCAACUACAGCCGAGGAAACACUCAAACUCCCCAGGAAUCCUACCGUCAACCACAAACAGAGCGAACUAUCUACUCCCAUUCACCCUUCAACAAUGUCAAUAACCUGCCAAACCGACACGUAGUCAACGAAGAGUACUUUAAUCUAGCCAAAACCAAGAAACCAACCACUCCAAGCCCAACGCAAAGCUACAGUCCCAAAACCUACAGACCAUUCGACUUCAAACCAAUCCCAGAGCAAAAAAUUCCUCUCUACCCAGUAGCCGACGAUUUCACAACCCCGAAACCCACCACCACCACCACCACCACCACUACCACCACCACUACCACCGAAAAACCUUACACCUCCCGUCAGGAGGAGAACCGCAUGAAGUCCUUCUUCAAGGAGGAGAACUUCCGCAACCGACGGCCAUACACUCAGUCGACCGCCCCACCACCAUACGAACAGCAGGAAGUAACGCAACCCAUUCAAAACAGCCACGAAGAAGAUCGCUACAUCCACAAGUUCAAACUGGUCGACUCUGUACGCCCACAAUCUACCCCCGCAACCAAAUCUGUCAUCGACAACGCUUUCCUGGAUUUCUUCCAGCAGGACAAUCAUGGUGACAUGGUGAAAACCGUCGUUGCCAACAACGCCCCGAAUGGAGCCCAGCAGGUCAUCCGCAACAACUACUUCUCCCAGAACACCAACGAUGAGCCACCGAAGCAGAAGUUCGUCAGCACAUACUACGCCCCAACGACUACGUCGACGACGUUAAGGACCACCACUUCCACCGCUCCGACUCCAGAGCAGGAUUCGUUCUUCCAGGACUUCGAAGAAAAGAGCAAACAAUACGAACCGGAGCGUUCGCGAUUCCCUCAGAGUCGACCGGCUUCGGAGCCAUCCUACAAUACGCGUCUGCAUAGCCAGGACUCGUUCCUGAACCGUUUCACCGAAUCCAGCUACACCAACAAGUACAAGUACGAAACGAAUACAAACGAUGCGCACUACCCGGUGGAGGUCAUCACCACUCAGGAACCCGUCAGAUAUGACACUACCACCGACGUGACGACCCCUCCUUCCGAGCAGUCGUACAGUAUUCCUUCGGAACUGCCUCCGAUCAGUGCCAACCUCCCUGGAUUGGUAAACUCCCUCAUGGAAGACGAAUGGGCACAGAAGAAGGGCGAACAGGAUUCUGCCGUCCCGGUUAGCUCCUCCACAACCAAGGGACACUUCCGCAAGCAAAUUCACCGAACCACUCAGGCAACCACAACUCCAGAACCAUACAUCUCGGAAGUGACCACUCGUAGAACUCGGGGACGACGUCCCACAACCGGCUCUACCAGCUACGACUCUGCGUCUCCAACUCAAGCCACCAUCAUCAACCGAAGCAGAUCACGCUAUGUCCCCGCCGAUGGUGAACGAUCCUCCGGCCGAACUAGAACCAGAAGUCGCACCCAAACUGGCAGCAACUCCCGUGUGUCCAAAGAACAGGAAAACCUAGAAUACCAACGUGACGUACUGAAACAGAACUACCCAGUGAUUCGACCAGGUGGCAGCUCACCUACAAUCACCACUACCACCCCACCACCAACAACGACCAGCACUACAACUGUCUAUACAACCACCAGUCCGGUGACGUACCAACAAAUCUACGAAGAACAAACCGAGCGUUUGAAUCCGUACUACACUUCGCCUGAACCUCAGAACUUCCCCGUGGAACUAACAACAUACGAAGAAGUUUCCAUUCCCAGGAAAGAAACCUACUACAGCGAGAACUACUACGACCAGGAAGUGACCAGCGAGUACCCGCAGACUACCCGUGUCAACCAGCCACAGCAAUACAGCCCCACCCCGAGUCCGGAAGACGUUGACGAUGAAUCCGUGCGCGUCCUACCUGUAGACCACCCGGUUGAACCGAAGCGUGAGAAUCCCGUCGAAAUUCAGCGGGAACAAACCACUGCCGCCGUCGUUCAACCACGUAGACAACCGGCCCGACAACCUGCGUAUCAACUACCGGAAGAACGACAACCACCGACUACCACGUACAACAGCCACGAAGACGAAAUGGAAAUCCGCAAGGUAGCAAUCACCCCCCGACCUAGAAGACCACUGUCCCGACAACCAGUAUACUCGCCCAGAACAACGGCCCAGACGGAGCGAGUGACCACGGAACGUACCACGACCGAACCGUCAUCACCAUCAUCAUCGUCCAGAGGGUCAUCUGUCCAGCGUCGUCCAGCGUUCGUAAGACGACCAGCUAGACCGCUGUACACGACGACCCCUGUACCGACGACGACUUACUCGAGCAGAGGCGUGUCCAUCGGCGACGACGAGCUGCCCACGCAAGGAUCUAACACCGUGCGUCCCAAGAGUCGCCAGGACGUCCUCCGCGGAAGAACCCGACGGCCAGUGACGACAACCGUACCUAACACUAGCACCGCAUCUCCAGAGCCUCCGGUGACUAGAGGAUUUGCGAGAAACAAGGACCUUCGAAGGGUGUCUCCGACAAUUCGAUCAAGACAAGAACAACGUGACCAACAACAAGCAGAGACGACGACGGCGCAGACGCCACGAUUCCGCAUCCGGGAGCGGACGCGCUUCAACCUGCAACCGCAGGAAUCACAAUGGUCAACCAAACUGACGCAGAACUCGUUCCAACCCGUCCAUGAAAUUGAAUCGCGCCAGAAAAACCACUACGAAGACGAACGGUCAUCGAACGAGCCGGAAACGGAAAUUGUCACCGCCAGUGCGUUGCAGCAGGAACAGCCGGACCAGAACAUUCAGCUGAUCAGCGUGUCGGCCAACAUGGGAGGACCAACGGUAUCGACGUCCGACGAUGGACAUGGGCACGGAAGCGACGGUGGAGUAGUCAUGAAGGAGGUGGCACUCAGCCAGGAGCCACCCCAGGCGGACGAACACGCGGACAAUAGUAACGUCCCCACCUUCGCCGAACUGCUCAACGACGUGAUGAAGGAGUACAUCGACGAUAGCUUCCAGCAGGGCGAAACGGAGAGCAAAACCGUCGAAAACGAAGUGCUGCUCGAAGAGUCGAAACCUGCCACCACCGAAUCCCAUCGUGGCGCCGUUGCUGCUGCUCUCAGGGCCGAACGACCGAAGUCCUACAACAGCCGAGGCAACUUCCGCAAACGGGGCCGCUCACACGUAGUUGAGUCGUUCGAAACGGCCGAAUCGCAGCACAUCAACAGCCACGUGUACAAUACCGCUGGGUUUGAAUCGCUGAAGAGCAUCGACAGAGCUGCCCUGAGGGGAAAGAACAUUCUCGACGAGGCAAAGGGUAGCAGUCCGGUUGAAGAGGAAGUCCCAGUGACGACCACGACAACUACUACGACGACGACGGAAGCGCCGGUCACUGACCUUCCGGAAACGACUACCGUUGGUGGACAAGAGACUACCCCGACUUUUGAAACCACGUCAAUUUUGCCCACGGAGAGGGAAGCUACCACGGCCAUUCCCACGCUGGAGGCUCAAUCCGAACAAGAUGAAGAGCAGCAGUUUUCGACGGAGCAAUUCUACGAUGAUGAGCCCGAGCAGGUUCAAGGAGAACACGAAGAUCACCAGCAAGGAAUUUUUGCUGAUGUGAAGAAACAGCUUUCCGAUCUGUUUGCGAUGGCCGAAAACGAUCCGGAGACGGAGGAAAUUGAAGACGAAGAUGAGCAUUUUCGACAACUGGAAGUGGGCGGGUACCAUGAGGUAGAUUUGGUCAGCACGGAGGGUCCCAGCACAACCACGGCCGCCGACAUGGCAGCAAGCGAGAACCGACAAGAACCGGCGACGGAAGCGGCUCCCAAAGCCGCCGUUGACGAUGCCAUGGGCCCAAUGGCCAUCCCGACGUCCACCUCCAAUGGAAUUACGCACGAAACCGAAAUCUGCUAUCGGGGGCGAUGCAUCAAGACGGAUGAGAAGAAGCCCAGACGGAAUAAGUUCAAACCAAACUAGUAGUUGGUAGCAGAACGCCUUAGUCUCUACGUUACGAAUAGGUCCUUCCGAGACUCUAACUCACUCAUCCACCAAUCCCUCCCGAUCCUCUCUCUCUCUAGUAGUUAGUGUUCUUUUUUGUAAAGAGAAACGUUACGACUUAUUUAUUUGUAAUAUAAUAAGGGUAGAAAUAAAACGAGAUAAUAAACAGUGAAAAAUUACGU